GUACUAUAAGAGGCAAGGAAUUGAUAACAACCGGCAUUAAUUAAGUGAAAAUAAUAUUUAUAUAUAACAAUGUCACAAAGCAGUUUUCUGAAGCCCUUUCGAUUGUGGCCAUGCCAAAUUCAACGAUUCGUCAGCAAACAAUUGUGGGAAAAGCCCUUAAGCGGCAAGGAUACUGGCAUACAAAUAUAUAAUUGUAUAACUCGUGAAAAAGUUCCUUUGAUACUACCCAACGACACAUAUGCGACCUGGUAUACAUGUGGUCCUACAGUUUACGACUCUACACAUAUUGGUCAUAUUAGUUGCUACGUCAAACUAGACAUCAUACAACGUAUACUGCGUCAGCAUUUUAAUGUGAAUUUGAUAACAGCUAUGAAUAUAACUGAUAUUGAUGAUAAAAUAAUACUGAAAAGCAAAGAAAGUGGUAGAGAUUGGCGUGAGUUGUCACGAUUUUACGAAAGUGAGUUCUGGUCUGAUUUGGGGCAACUUAACAUACAAGAGCCAAAUAUAAAGCUACGUGUAACUGAGCAUAUACCACGAAUAGUCGAAUUCAUAAAACGUAUCAUAGACAGCGGUAGCGCUUACAAAGGUAAUGAUGGUAGCGUUUAUUUUGCAGUUAGUAAAUGUGAAAAUUAUGGCAAAUUACAAAAAGUGAGCAUAGAUGUGGAGCCAGAAAAGUUCUCAAAUGGUAAAAAUGCUGCACCUGAUUUUGCGUUAUGGAAAGCGCAAAAACUGGAAAAUGAACCAUCAUGGCCGUCACCUUGGGGCGCCGGACGUCCUGGUUGGCACAUCGAAUGCAGCACAUUAGCCAGCAUGAUUUUUGGUCAACAGUUGGACUUCCAUGCUGGCGGAUUGGAUUUACGAUUCCCACAUCACGAAAACGAGGAAGCACAAAGUUGUGCCUACCACAGCACACAUCAAUGGGUGAAUUAUUGGCUACACACCGGUCAGUUGCAUAUUAAAGGUCAGCCGGUAAAAAUGUCUAAAUCGCUGAAGAAUACCAUCUCCGUCGGUGCCAUGUUGGAACGUUAUACAGCCGACGAGUUUCGCAUGUCUUGUGCACUGUCUAACUAUCGCAACGCUGUAGACUAUAGUGAUGAGCUAAUGCAGACUUCAAGAAAUACACUGAAACGUUUUAGAACGUUUAAGGCAGAUUGCAAUGCGUAUUUAUGUGGUAAAAAGCGUGCUGCCCAUGUGAAUGCAAGUGAGGUGCUUAGUGGCUUACAGCAUGCACAAGAAGAUAUAGAUGCUUGUUAUAAGGAUGAUUUCGAUACAGCACGUAGUGUUGGUGUACUGCUGGAACAAGCAAACAUAGUGAGCCGGCAAAUUAAUGCGGGCGUUAGCGAAAUUGAACAUAAUUUGACAACAAGCAAUUGUAUGGAUGCUAUAGCAGCUGUUGAUAACUUUAUACAACAACACUUAAAUAUUCUAGGAUUUAGUUUUGUGGAAGCAUCAAAAACGCAGACGUUAAAUGCAAAUACAGAAUUCAAUUUGAAUGCUUUUGUAGAAGAUUUGUUACAAUCAAGGCAUUUAAUACGCGAACGUGCAGUAGCGGGGAAAAACAAAGAACUGUUUGGAAUUUGUGACGAGUUGCGUAAUUGCUUGCAACACCAUGGAAUUACUAUACAAGAUCAUAGUCAGGGCACUUCAUGGCAUUUUACUGACAGUAAGAAAUAAAGUUGUUUAUUAAAAAAGAAAAUAUGUAUGUAUUUUUUAGGAUCGUUGUAGCGGCGUAGCAUAUUUCACAAAAUGUUUUGAAAAUGAAUAUAAUAAUGCGUUUCAUGAAAGUAUGGUAUAUAAUAUAAUAUAAAGGAAACGGAUUUAAAAUAAUUGUUAAUUAAUUUUGUUUAUAGACGUUGAUUGCUUCGUCAGCUGUUUGGCAGUAACUUACGCUCACAGAUGGCGCUGUCAAAACAAACUGACAACCUUUUAUUUUAACAGCGAACUCUGAAUUUGCCUUUGUUUAUUUACCUAAAAGUUUGUUGUAAGUACGCAUUGACAACAUCUGUUAUUUCAAUCUGCAGUAAAUAAAAUAAAAAUUCAACAAACCACUUAAAAAUUGUCUUAAAUAAAAAAUUAUCGAAUGAAGAAUGGGUGUGGAAGUGCAAAAUGAUGGUAAUACCGGCCACCUUACAAGAGAUAAGAAUAACAGCGCUAUUGUAUACAACAAUACUGAUGGAGCACCCAUGCCGAAGCAUAUACCGUUCCCAGAUUUCCCUGGCAGUUCGGAGCUCAUCAAUGAACUUAUAAUGUUUCUAUUUAUCACGUUUGCAGCGGCCAUGCAAUUUAUAAACCUUUAUCGCACAAUGUGGUGGGUGCCGGAGACUAAUACGACGCGAACAGUAAACGUAUACCUCAUAGAACCCUAUCUGGUAGUGUUCAUAGUGCUGCUAAUGUCUAGACGUUUUGUAUUCUGCCUGCUCAUACGCGGACAAGAAUUGUUGCAGAACUUGAGUAGUGAACACCGGCGUAUCUAUAAAAAGAUAGUUAAGUACAGUUUUAGCAGCUGUCUUUUAGCACUGCUUGGAUUUUGUGUGUAUAAAAUCUAUGUAAAACAAUCGUUUAUGCCUGUAUUUUUGCUAGUCUAUCCUCUUGUCAUCUACAUACUCAUUUUUGGCUUCCAAAUUGAGUCUUUUCUGCGCAGUUCAUAUGAAGUUGAAGGCGCCUACUUUAACGGCAUGCCUAUGCAUUGCUGUUCCAGCAGCCCUGACAUCAUACGCGAAGAAAUCGUUGUGCUAAAAAAUGAUUUCAAUAUACGCUUCAAACAAAUUGUGUUUACAUCUUUAUUAAAUGCCUACUACGCAGGUGUUGUGCCAUGCCUAUUUGCUAUCUCCAUGUAUUAUAAUGUGCUGUGGACAUAUCAAAAUGCCUUGUACAUCUGGAUAAGUUGCCUUACUAUGGCAUUUGCUUUUGGUUUCCCUGCAAAAUAUAGCGAUAUCUUACAUCGUGCAUCACUGCAUUUAGGUUAUUGGUCGCGUAUGGAGUUGCGCGCAAUUGGUGGCAAUAGUAGUAACACAAGUUGCAGUAAUGGCAGUAGUAGUUGCAGUAGCACAUCAUCCAGUGGCACGACCACUGUUUGGAAACCAAACACGGUAUGGACUCAGGAUAGUGUUGUGAAAUGCAACGGCGAGCUAUUUUGUGCUACUGGUCCAGUGACGGUUGCAUUACCGGGAAAUUCUAGUCAUUCUAGAUUUUAUAAACUGUUCCGCAAUCCAGCCAUUAUAUACAUGAUACUGACCGGUCUACAGGCCGCCGUAGUCUUGGCCGGCAUAUUAGUGUUAUAUUAUGCUGUCGAGUGGCACUUUAUGUUGUCGAUUAGUUUUGCAUCGCUUACAAAUCAAUUCACAUUUUUUAAAAUAAUGCGUGAUUAUUUGGUGACGAAACGCAUAUACACGUCGGAAACAGCGAUCGCGGAGCAAACAAAAUCGAAUGCGUUGCAUAGCAAUUAAGCGCAGAACGACAGCACGUAGCAGAAUUGCAUUUAUGCACAAAUUAUAAAAGUUAUAAAUAUAAAUAUUGACUGUGAGCUCAUUAACAUUUUUUUAUAAUAUCAUUUUUAAAGUACUGUAAGUUUUUUUGUUUAAGAAAAUGCGCUUACGUACAUACAUGAACAACUGCUUUCUUAAUACCUACAUAUUUAUUUGCUGUAAGGCGAAUUGUGAACUACUUUCACAUAUUCAUGCAUACAUACAUUCUAACCUGAAAUUUAAAUUUAAGCCAUUUAUGCAAGACUUUUGUUAAAAAUUUAUUUUAAAUAAAAGAAUACAACAAUUGUGUAAAUUGUAGCUAUUAAUAAACAAAUACAAUUUUCGCUAAAGAAAUAUCAUGCGCACAUAAAAGUUAAUCUAACCAAAUAAAUUAUCAUAAGCGGUUUGUAAAAUUGUUCUCUGCUUCGCUUCCAGCUCCAAUUUGCGGCGUUGAUUUACAUACUCUUCAUGCGUACUCUUCUCCAGUGGACCCCAAACAUUUGCAGGUGCAGCGGCAGCCGUUAAUUUCUGAAAUAAUAUAAAAAAUUACAACAACAAAAUAUUUUCAUAUAUAUACAAGCAUUAGUGUUAUUUGUAACUCACAUUAAGCAAACCAACGGUUUUUGACUGCUUGUAAAUGCUGUAUAAAGCCCAACACGGUAUUUGCAAAAGACCAAUGGCGGACAAACACCAGCCGAAAACUGCAAUGAAAAUAUACAAAAACAAGAAAAAA